CACCUCCCUCUUGGCGUCCUCCCAUAUCUUCAGUCGCAGCAGCAGCCCCACCACCACUCCCACGCCGCCUGUGGCUAGAGCUGAGGGAACAGGAGAGAGAGAGAGAGAGAGAGAGGAGAGAGAGAGAGAGAGAGAGAGAGAGAGAGAGAGAGAGAGAGAGAGAGAGAUAGAGAGAGAGAGAGAGAGAGAGAGAGAGAGAGAGAGAGAGAGAGAGAGAGAGAGGAGAAACAAAAAGAUGGCAAUGAUUGCACUCUUCACUAAAGGAUUUUGAGGGGGCCUCAAAAGGUGCCGC